CUUAUACAGAGAACUUUUUGAGUUCUUUAUCUCGGGUCCCAAAACAUUGGCCGCCUUGAAGAAGCGCAGCGCAACGUCGCAUCGAGAAGACCGAGGAGUGGGGGUAAACUCGUGCGGUCUUGCACGCCACCAUCGGCAAAAGACGCAGCGCGGGAAUCGCGGGAUACUUAGCGUUAGCGACUCACUCUCGCGCCGGUCGUGCGCCGCAUAGGUUGUUAAAAACUGCGUUUUCAGGCUGUCUGUUUCUUUGUUGGCUGUCCAGGAGACAGGCCCGUGUCAUCGGCCCUUCUUCGGGCGUUUUCUUCUGCACAUCGGACAUCGAUAGAAAACGAAAAUGGCUGGGAGAGGUGCUGGGCGAGGUAAUUUCCUUGAGGUGAUUAGGAAAAAAAUGGAAGAAGAAAAAAGAUUGAGAGAAGAACAGGAGCGUGAAAGGCAAAUGCAAGAAAUGCAGCAAAAACAACUAGAAAAAUUAAAACAAGAAGCUGCAGUUGUACUCCAACCAAGUGCAACAACUGGUGUUGGUAGAGGUAGAGGAAGUCUAUUGGAAAAACUUCGCAGCAAAAUGACACCAGGAGUGGAUACCUCAACACCUACACCACCCACCACAGCCUCUGUUACAUCUGUGCAAACCACAUCUACCUUAACGACAGGUCGAGGAGCAUUGCUCAGUGCAAUGAAGAUAAGAAGUGAGUUUGCAGCAGAUUCUUCGUCGCCAUUACCAUCCACCACAGUUUCAGUCACAUCUAUUCAAACCACAUCCACCUCAACUACAGGUCGAGGAUCGUUUCUUGGUACAUUAAAGAAAAAAACUGAGUCAGAUGCUCUGGAAACAUCGGGAGAACAAACUGGAGUUAUAGGAAAGUUGUCUUCUUUGUCAUUGGAAGAAACAAAAUCUUCAUUAACUGAAGAAGAAAUUGUUUCUCGACAAGGAUCGUCAGGAAAAACGAUUUCUUUGACGGCAAAUUAUAUCAAUUUAAAAGUUAACAAAGAUAAGGGUAUGUUCCAAUAUGAAGUGAAAUUCGCGCCGGAUGUUGAUUCACGAUCUUUAAGAUAUAAAUUACUUAAUCAACAUCUAAAUGAUCUGGGCAAUGUCAAAACUUUUGAUGGAACUGUCCUUUAUUUACCAAUAAAAUUACCAAACAAUCGACAGACAUAUGAAUCUGUUCACCCUUUAGAUAAUUCUAUAGUAACUCUGACUGUAAUCUUUCAGAAGAAACAGGCUAUGACACAAAACAUAGCUUUCUUUAACAAUCUUAUGAAUCGAGUCAUGAAAGCUUUGACUUUAGUUAAAAUAGGAAGACAUGAUUUUAAUCCAACAUGUGCUCAUCAAAUUCCUCAACAUCGACUUGAAGUUUGGCCAGGUUAUGUGACGGCAAUAAACGAAUUGGAGGGUGGUCUAAAGUUAAACUUGGAUGCUACUCAUCGAGUAAUGAGAUUAGAUACCGUCAGAGAUCUAAUGACUGACAUGUAUCAUAAAAACCCAAAUAAUUUUAAAAAUGCUGUAGCAAAUGAGAUCAUUGGAACUUCCGUUUUAACUAGAUAUAAUAAUAGAACUUACAAAAUUGACGAUAUUGAUUGGGAUAAAAAUCCUAUGCUCAAGUUCGAGAGAAAAGAUGAGGAAAUUUCAUUAUUCGAUUAUUACAAACAUCACUAUAAUAUAACUAUUCAAGAUCUCAAGCAGCCAUUGCUUGUGCAUCGCUCAAAAGAAAAAAAGACCACUGGUGAAACAGUUGAGAAGGUAUCUUUGCUUAUUCCCGAGUUAUGUUUUCUCGCAGGAAUCACUGAUAGCAUAAGAAGUGAUUUUAGAAUUACCAAAGAUCUUUCUCAAGUGACUAAAGUAUCCCCCGAGCAACGAAGACAAGUAAUAAGAAAAUUCAUUCAACAAGUUAAUGGAAAUGAAGUGACGAAAAAACUUUUAGCUGACUGGGGAUUGGAAAUAGAUAAUGACACACUGGAUCUUACUGGUAGAGUCUUAGAUCCAGAAGAAUUGGUGUUUGGAAAUGAUUAUAAAACCAAAUCACCAAAUGCUGACUGGGGAAAAGUAGCGACUAAUAGCAAAGUUUUAAGAACUCCAAACAUGCCUGAUUGGGCGGUCUUAUGUACACAAAAAAAUCAGAGAAAUUGUAAUGAUUUUGUUGAAACUCUCAAAGGUGUUUGUCAGAAAGUUAACAUUCGAAUUGGUGAUCCACGACUUAUUUUCCUUAAGGAUGAUAGUACUGAGACUUAUGUGUCAGAACUUCGUAAGGUUGUGAAGAAUCGGUUAAACAUGGUUGUGAUAAUUUUCCCUGCACUAAGACAAGACAAAUAUUCAGCAGUAAAAAAAAUUUGCUGUGUCGAAACUCCUGUUCCAUCACAAGUAAUCAUUUCUAGGACAAUAGCAAAACCUGAAAAACUUAAAAGCGUAACAGAAAAGAUUGCUUUGCAGAUAAAUUGUAAGCUUGGUGGUGCUUUAUGGGCUCUAAAGAAUCCAUUCACGAAUGCUAUGGUGUGUGGGAUUGAUGUAUUCCACGCAGGUGUGGGACAAGGUUCUAAAGGGAGUGUAGCUGCUUUUAUCGCAAGUUUAGAUAAAAUGCUGACAUCUUGGCAUAGUAGAGUUUGUCUGCAAGCUCCUCAUCAAGAAUUAGUAGAUCUUUUAAGCCAAUGUCUAGUGUCUGCGAUCAAUGUUUAUCGUGAGAAAAAUGGUCAGUAUCCCGACAGGAUAUUUAUUUACCGUGAUGGUGUCGGCGACGGUCAGUUAGAAACCGUUAAGAAUUAUGAAGUAAGACAAUUUUUAAAUACGUGUGCAAGACUUGACCCAGCUUAUAAGCCAAAGCUUUCUGUUAUUAUCGUCCAAAAGCGUGUGAAUACGCGUAUUUUCGAAAAGAAAAGACAACUCGGAAAUCCUCCACCAGGAACGGUAGUUGAUAGUACUAUUACCCGUCGCUUUUUAUACGACUUUUAUUUAGUUCCUCAACUAGUUAGGCAGGGCACAGUAACGCCUACUCAUUACAUUGUUCUGCACGAUGGUGGUGAUGUAAAAACAGACCACAUGCAAAGAUUUACAUACAAACUGUGCCAUUUGUAUUAUAAUUGGCCAGGUACCAUUAGGGUACCUGCACCUUGUCAGUAUGCACAUAAGUUGGCAUACUUGGUUGGACAGAGUAUUAAGUCUGAACCAAGCCAUGAGUUGAACAACCUUUUGUAUUAUUUGUAAGUUUAAAUUUUUAUUUUAGAGGCUUAUUAAGGACACGAUUCAAGUACUAAGUUUUGAAUUCAUCAUGUGACUUCCACAAAUUCUACUUAUUAUGUAGUUAAUUUUUGUUUAUUUUUUUAAAUUUCAUUUAUGACUGGAUACUGUGAAGUAUUAUUUAGAGAGUCAUGUAAGAGCCAAAGAGGCUUUAAAAAUACGUAGGCCUAUGCGUACAUUGUAGAGAUAUGUGAUAAAUUGGUCUUCUUUGUUUGCACAAGUAGGCUUAGAAACUUAAACUACGUAGUGGUAUUUAAGUAAAUGAUUAUUUUCAUAAAGAAGACGCGAUUUUAGAUUAUAUUUUUUUUACACAUUUCUAGAAACAUGCAGUUUAUGUUGAAAGUGACAACAAUUCAAUAAAACAAAAAGUGAAAUAUUCUAUUCCGCUUUUUCUGUAUUUAUAAUUAUUUCUCUUUAAAACGCGUUUGUCAAAUAAGUAUAUUUCUUGUUAAAACUAUAUUUUUAUCAAAAUUCAAUAACAUUGCAGCUGAAUAAAUGUUCUCUAUUCUAUUGUUGUGUACCACAAAGUAGAUGCAGAACUAUUAGUAUAGAGCUCGUAUAAAAUUUCGAAUGAGGGGUAGUCGGAACGAAUUUGACUGCUGGUGAUAUCGAAUUAUCUUAUGAUAAUUCGAGUCUAAAUGGCGGGGAUUUAAAAUCUGGGAGAAGAGUUAGUUAGCUAUUUGGUGACCAAAUUAGCUUGUAUUAACUAAUUUCAAUAGUAAAAGUGCACAUGCCUGCGUCACUAACCUAACUGACCAGCCAAUGAAAAUUUUUGUUAACGCUCUGAAUGGUUUCAUUUCGAGACUAAUUGCAAUCUCCCUUUUAAAGGUGAUGAUAUUCGAAAUUCUACGCGCUACGCGCGCCUAGAAACUAAUUUAUUCAACUGAUGAAUAAAAUACUUUGAUAACGCUCUAAAGUUGGCUCUUAGAGCUUCAAUUCGAUACUAAUCUUUAUCUCUUUUUUAUACAUGGAUAGAAUGGAAAAUUCAAAACUGAGGUCCUAUUGACUUAAAGUCACACAUAUCAUUCCUUGUAUAAUUAAUUGAAAGCGAGAUACUGCAUACAUAAUGGUAGUCAGAAAGAUUUACUAUAGACCGCAAUUAUAUUAAGUCAGCAAUACAAUUGGAAGAAAUUCAUAAAAUUUGGAAUUUACUUAUUCUUUCAUUCAUUGACACCAUGACCUUGAAAAAAAAAACCUAAUGAAUCAGAAUAUUGUUAUCGGCUCUAAGCCAUGUACUCAAAUUUCUCGAUUUGAAUCAUUGGCGCGUGAAGUGUAAGUCGCACGUUCGCUGUGAGCACGACUGGUGGUGACACCUACAAUUAGGAAACUCGGGAGGUAAAUCCAACAUGUUUAUAUCAAAUAAAUAUAGUAAUAUUUGUUGGUACCUCUCGGUUUCCCCUUUCCAAAUAUGCUGUCUUCCUUUUAUAUCUCCACCCUGAGAUUGAGCAUUGUGGGGUGGAGUUUGAAUUGAAAUACGCUUCAGUUUCGUUUUUAAUGUUAAUCUUUUUAAUCGAUUUUUUAUCUCUGUCUAAUCUCUAAAAUAAUUAUAUAAAAAUUUAAACAUUAGGUACCCAAUUAAACAUUAAAAUAAUUAAAAAAAAUUAAUUAACAACACUUGGUUCGUAAAUUUGGCUUGUGCAGUUUACUCAUUAAGCUAGAUUCUUCGUGUUUCAACACCAAUUAGGGAUUUUAUUUAGUUCCUUAGUGUUAGAAAAGACGAUGCCAAAACGAAAAAAGUCUACCUUUUAUUUGUACUUUCGUUUUUCAAAUAUUUAAAAUGUGGACGUCUAAAAAUGUAAAUAUGUAUUUUUAUAGUUUCAAUAAAAGAUGAAAUUUUCGAAA